CAUUUCCAGUAUGUGAUCCAAGGACUGGUGAGGAAAUUUGUCAAGUUGAAGAAUCAACAAAAGCCGAUGUUGAUAAAGCUGUUAAAGCUGCUCGUAAUGCAUUUCGUAAUGAUUCUGAGUGGAGAAAAAUGGAGGCAGUCGUACGCUUGUGGCAAGUUUCGAACAUGAGUGUAUUAAGGGGUGUUCAUGACUUUCUUGAAUUAUUAGGAAACACAAUUAUUUUAAAACCAGCCGAAGAGACUCCAUUAAUGGCUUUGUAUUGUGCAAGUUUACUGGAUGAAGUUGGUAGAAGAGUUCAAGAAUUAGCUAUAAAAUCAAAUUUUAAACGUUUGUCAUUAGAAUUAUUUGAAAAAUGUCCAUUAAUUAUUUGUGAAGAUGCUGAUCUUGACUCUGCUGUAGCAUUAACCUAUCGUGCAAUAUUCGCAGAUUCUGCUCAAAGUUGUUUUGCUGGAUCAAGAAUAUUUGUUCAUGAAAAAAUCUAUGAUCGAUUCGUUAUUAAAUGUGUUGAAUUAGUUACUCAAUGCGUGGUGGGUGAUCCGUUUGAUCCAGAAACUGCACAAGGGCCUCAAAUUAACGACGAAAAGCUUAAAAAAAUUAUACAAUUUAUCGAAUCUGGUAAAAAACAAGGAGCAAAACUGGAGUGCGGUGGAGAACGUUUCGGAACAAACGGCUUUUUUGUUCAACCGACGAUAUUUAGUAAUGUGACUGACGAUAUGGACAUAGCCAGUGAUGAGAUGAUAGGACCGAUAAUGAGUGUAUUGAAAUAUCAUGAUUACGAUGAGGUAAUUACACGAGCGAACAAUACAAAAUGGGGUUUGGCUGCUGGUAUGAUAACGAAAGAGAAGACGCAAGCAAAUUAUCUUGUUUCAUCUUUACAAGCCCGUACUGUUUGGAUUAAUGAGUAUGAUGCAGCUAUUAAUCUGUUACCAUUCGGAAGAUACAGUCACGCCGGUGGCAAGAAAGAUUUUGGUGGCUAUGACUUCAAUGAAUACUACGAACUAAAAAGGGUCGCUACAAAUCUAUCGUGA